AUGAGAACUUUGGUAAUAAUUUUAUUGUCAACAAAAAAGAAAAUAAAGAUUGUAAAAAUAAAGAAUGUUCAAAGAAAGAAUUCUUUCAUAUCAUUAGAAGAAUUUGGUAAUGACAUACCAUCGUGUGUGAGAUCAAUCAAUGAUUGGUGUUUCAGUGGAUGUAUUAGUCUGAGCAGUGUCACAAUAUCAUCAAAUGUAACAUCACUUGGUAAAGGGUGUUUUAGUUGGUGCAGCAGUCUAAGCAGUGUUACAAUAUCAUUUAGUGUCAUAUCAAUUGGUGGUUAUUGUUUUUAUAGAUGCAACAGUUUAAGUUGUGUUACAAUACAAUCAAACCUGACAUUAUUUGGGGAUUAUUGUUUCCCAACAAACAUUGUCAUUAAUCGUGAGUAA